AUGAUUCAACGCCUUCUUAAAUCCCGAAGAUUUCAAAGAACUGGAAAGCGAUUGAUAUUCGCUCUAUGUGUUGCAUGCUUCAUCUCGUUUUCUCUGCUCUUAACAUUUGUCGGAAAACAAAGCAAAAAUACUCUCGACCGUGAUCAUGAUACCGGUACAGCACUUGCUAAGCCUGGCGGUGUAACAAACGGUCUUGAUGUUCACAUUUGGCGAAUGCAAUGUGGUUCAAACGUGACGUAUUUGAGGAAAUCACCAUUCUUCCCAAAAUAUCCUGAUGAGAGGAAAGUCAUCAACGAUUUUGAGAUUGAAGACGAUAGGGUGAACUACGGUCAGAAAAUCUUUGGAUAUUUACAUCCCCAAAGCAAUGGUUUGUUUUAUUUUGCGAUCACCUCUGACGACACUUCGGAGUUAUGGAUAAGUGCCGACGAAAAUCCCGGUAAUAAACGGCUGGUUGCUCGUGUAUUCAUUGAAAAAGCAAUAGCUUGGACGGGUAAGGAUGAGUUAGAUAAAUAUCCUGAACAGAAAACCAAAAACCCACUCUAUCUUCAAGCUAAUAAGAAAUACUACGUCGAGGUUUUACACAAACAAGGCUCAGGUAAAGGAUUCGCGCGUGUAUUUUGGACUACAUCUGACAAAGAUGAAGACUUUAGACUCAUCACUUCAGAAUACCUCUCGCCAUUUUUACCAAGUACAUUGCCUACUGGGCCGGCGAAAAAAGUAAAACUACACUAUUUGCUUUCGCGGAGAUAUAGGCAAGAAUACCGGCGAAAAUCCAAUCUACUCAGCAGUGAUUUCUUGAAGUUUUAUUCUCUACCAUUCGUUUUGAAAGAUAAUUUUCUUCCUUCAUGCGAUUACAAGAGUAGUUUCGUAACAGCUGAUAAAGUUGACCGCUAUGAAGGCAUGAAAAUGGUCUUCGAAUCCAACGUUUUUCCACCAGACGAUACGCAGAUGUCAAAUGACACUGGAAUGGUUUGGACCCGUGCAAAUCGUGCCGCCGACAAAGAAAUAAUUCAGUCAGUCGUGGAUGACGUGGUCACUGCCCUUCGCCUCAAGUCCUCAGAGUAAGAUGAUUACAAAUUUCAUUUCUUUUAUUUAACAAUUAAUGAAUGAGGCUGAGUAUCUUAUGAAGAGUUAUGGAGAUCGAGGAGGGUGUUACGGCCUCGACGGAUAACACCCUCCGAGAUCUCCAUAAUUCUUCAUACGAUACGAAAGCCGAAUUCAAUAAUUGUUUUAUUGUUCAUUCAAAAAUAAUUCCUAGUUUAAAAACAAAGCUAAAACACGGCGUUACUAAAGCGAGGGUAAGGGUAACACCAAGGGUGAGGGUAAGGGUGGGGGUGAGGCGGGGGGUUAGGGGGAGUUUAAUAGCCUGCGUAGCACAGCGGUUUUGUCGAGCGGGGCGCACGAGCGGCGAAGCCGCGGGCAGCGAAAUUCACGCGCGAAGCCGCGAGAAAAAUAAAAAUUGCUCCCGCCCCAAUCUCCGCGCGGUUUUUAUGCCCUCGCCCAUCUUCAUUACUUAGCCCGCCCAACCAAAACCGCCACGCUACGCAGGCUAUGGGUUUAAGGACAGGGUGAAAGCGUAUGGAAACAUAACUGCAGCGAUGAUCAUUCACAUAUCAUUCAUCCCUUACUCUUACUGGUUUUGUUAAGCACAAAAAAAAAAUUUUCUCACAGAAAUCGCCUUCUUUUUCGGACAAAGGCUGUAAAAAAAAAAAGAAAAAUCGGUCCAAGAGUAGAGGAAGACCGGAAAUCAAUGACCGCAAAUUUGUCUACUGAUCUCCCUCCCCUGGUGAUCCCCCUCUCCUCAUAUUACUCUACUCAUGGAAACCAAUUAGAGAGUAAACCUAUCGUAUGGUAAUCACGUUAAAUUUUCACGACCCGGUGACAUUUUAUCAAUUUUUAUAAGGUUGUUCCAGUUUGUGAGGUUUGGUAAUUUUUGACCGAUCAGUUGUUGUUCAUGGGAGUGGCCUAAAUUAAGGUGACAAUGUCUCUUACUUUACAAUAUUUUUAUAUCCUUGAUUAUUCGGUAUCCUUGCUUUCAAAAUUAAACGUUGUUUCGUCUGUACAUAUAUAUCAAAUGUAGGUCGGCGUAACCUUUAAGUUAACACUGAUUGGUAAGAUUACGGGUUAAGGAUAUAAGUGAACACUUUACUGAUUGUUGUAAGUCAUGAUUAUCAUAUUGGAGCACAGCCGGUUGAAACUGGAUUUCCCACGUGAAAAAAUGGAAAACACCCUUUCUAACUUGAGAAAGGCUGGUUAUAGUUCGCAUUAACUGUUUUGUUUUCUUAUUAGACUGUUAAGAAGGCAUAUUGUCAUUAAUUCCCUGUCAUUAAGCAUCAUCUGGCAUGUUAUUGGAAAACGGUGCCCUUUAAAAUGAAAGGUUGGUCCAGGGCUGGUCUAAUUUCAAGGGUUGGCUAGCUUUCGCGUUUCUGUUGCAGUUAAGUAUUUCCAACAACGUGAUCGCAAAUUAAUUUUUUGCUCUUGAAAGGCUUGAAUAAAGGCAUGGAUUAAUAGUCUUCGAUCGUUCUCUGUACACCAAGGGACUGUUUAUAUGGGAUGUGGAACCCUGGGUUGGCGAGGUGAUUCGCCAAAGGGUAAAAAAGCAAACCACCUUUUCAUGCGAUCUUAGAACGCCCACAAUCCCUCGUUCCGGGUUGAUAUUUCUUGUGUGGUCGCUUUUCUCUUUCUUGAACACCAAGUAUUAUAUAGCCUGCGAGCAAGCUCUCCAUUAGGGAGAUAUCGUGAAAAGCACUCGCAAUUUGAUAUUGUUCGCAAUAUCAAUUCAUACCCCAAAGAUAUCCCGACAAUCUUUUAGAUAUGUUGCAUUUCGAGACGAGCAAACUGUACAUCUAACACUUUUCCUUAAAAAAGGCAAAUGUAUGGUCUUUAAACCUCGCCAAGUCCAAGACGCACGAAUUGUAAAAUUCAAAGAAAUAUUCAUUCAACAUCAUGAUUGUUCAAGUAUAAAGGAGACAAUUUUUGUUGGAGUAAUUUUGGAUGAAAAUUGUGGAAUUCCCACAACUCGAACUUCUCGCAAUUGAAAUUUUGCUAUUCGAUUAGUUAUAUUUCCUUGUUUUUCUUAUAAUAGCAAUGCCCUUACCCUUACCCUUACCCUAACCCUCACCCCCACCCCCAAGUUUAAUAACUGAAAAAAAAGAAACCUUUGAACGCGCAGCACGCUUUUUGGCGGAUUUCUUUGCCGUCAUCUCACGACCAACGUUGUCAUACUUGAGCGGGAUGGCGAUCGUCGCAAUACCUAUGUCUUGAACGUGUAUAACACUUUUUCGCAGAUUUCGUUGCUGUCACGCUGUCAUGACUAAACUUAUCAACUUUUAUCGCUGAGAAUGGCAAUAGGUUCCUCACAUUAAUCUUUAAGAUCGUCCUUACAUCUUUCAAUAGUGAUCGUGGCGACUUUGAUUUCGUCUGAAAUACCCAUAGAGUCUCAUUAUUUCUCUGUGGCAAAGCUUACACCAGGAUUACUCUUUGGUGAAUUAAAAAAAAACUUGACCCUUGUUUUUAACUUGAAAGAAACAUUUCAAGAAGAGCACCUCACAGUAAAAACAAAAAACUAGAGGCGACAUCAGCUUCUCGUUACCAUACAUCUUGGUUCCAUUGAUUUUAGCCUCUGUACAUCCGCUCUUUCCCCUCCCCUUCUCGGCCGAUUUUUUUCUGAGGAGAGGGGACAACUUCACACAGGUUACAUUAAUGGUUCUGUGCGCUCAUAAGUUGUUCUUUUUCUUUUAAACCUUACUAUUUUCUUUCAGAACUUACUUUUUGAAGAGAAUUCACAAAGUUCUACAAAAAUCGGAUCCUGUUUAUGGGGACCGAUAUUCAGUUGAUCUGGAACUUGGCCUGUCUCACACUGAGAAAUCAUAUCGCUUCUCUGAGCACGUGUAUCAAAAAAAGGGAACGAACAGUUUGUGUCUUCCCAAGGGAAUCGAGUGGAACAGAAAAGCCACGGUAUACAUAAUUCUCCCUGUCAAAGAUCAGGGAAGAUGGGUCUAUCAUUUCAUCAAUGAUCUCACGGUUGCCAGCUUAUUAACGGGUGAUAAGAACUUCCACGUUAUUGUUGCUGAUUUCGAGAGUCAAGAUAUCGACUUGGCCAAAGCGUUCGACACUGCCCUUCUGAGGAGCAGGCACACUAUUAUCAACUUGACCGGUAAAUUUUACAAGACGCUGGCGUUGAACAAAGCUGUAGAGCAAGUACAUAAUGCGCAUGGUCUGUUGUUUUUGUUUGAUCUGCAUAUCGAUGUGCCCGUUGACAUUCUGGACAGCGUGCGAAAGGUGAGUUGACACGUGUUGUUAUAGAUCGUUUUCACUUGGUCAGUCACGGCGGCCAUAUUGGUGUUGCGAAACAAUGAAACCGCUGUCAUUGCAUGUUGGUGCACCAAGACAAUCCUGUGGACGUUGAACUCUUUUCUCAUGUAAACGCUUUUUGUUUUGCUCCAAUAAAUUACCAAAGAUGUUGGCCUCGUGAGUGAAAACGCUCCAUAGCAAGAUACACUGACUUCUUUUGCGGAUAACUUGUUAUUUUGUCUCAAAAUACUAAUACUAAUCGAUCGACCUUUCCUAUAAUCUAUAGCGUUUUUGGCUACACGUAGCCAAAAAUCUAGAUGCCGAGUGUCUGUUGCAUUUUAGAGUACUGAAAAUGUUGUGGUCAUUUCUGUUGGAAAAUGGGUUAUACCAAAUUCCUUCCUACCACACUGUCAUUCUUGUUACGUUUAAGUAACAUGAUCAAGUUUAGUUUCCUUAUUUUCAACAGAACACCAUAGAAGGAAGAAUCGCUUUCUUUCCCGCAGUGGGACGUCUAGACUGUCAAAGUACAUAUAUUGAUCAUCAAGGCUUUUGGGAGAUGAACGGUUAUGGUCUUCUUGCUGUAUAUAAAUCGGACUGGAUACGUUUUGGCGGUAAGUUCAAAGAAAAUCGUUAUUUUAAUACCGUCCCUGCUGAACCACGUGACAUACAUUUUAAUAUUUUUUUGGCUCCCAUCCAAAAAUAAGAGAACUGCAGAGAGUCAAAUUUUCAUUUUGAGCCACUAGACGAUAAAGUGUAUUUUUUACAUGACUUUAUGUAGAUACCCAGCGUUGCAGACGUGAUCAAACCUCGGUAAGUAACAUUUUUUCGCCGAGGUCUUUGUUCUGAGCCCACAACGGACUCAACAACUUAGCGGAAAUGCCUUUUGAAUUUCCUUUUAACUUUACUGGCAAAUCGACUACCGUUAAGUUCCUAAAGUGUCGACGCCCCGAAAGUAGUGGAUAAAAUUUCAUAGGUGUUAGCAAAUGCCAAAAGUAGCGACCCUCAGAAAGAAGCGACUUCAAAAGUGAUUUCCCUUCUUGCUAGAAAUAACGAAAAUCAUAGUGCUGUUACAACAAGCUUUACGAAACUGACGGGUGUAUGAUCUUUGACAUUCCCUUAUGUAACUCAAACCGCACAGUACAUAUCUUUUUAUGUUCAAAAAGUCUUCCUUUCGUCUACGAAUAUCCACCCCGUAAUCAAACAAUUCUUUUGAAUAUUUACUUAAAAACCAAUAACAUAAAAAUAAGUUUCUCCAAAUAAAAAGCGUGGAUGUUUUCACAAUUGUCGCGAUGUUAUUAUCGUAACUUCGUACGGCCCACAGUUAGUCAGGUGAAAUGAUCAGUAAGGACAAAGGCUAUUCGUAAAACAUAUUCCAGAGGUUAACGCACUGAAAGAUUUAAGCGGUGACCUUUCAGUUUUGUGCAUAGAAGUCGUCCCUUGACGUUGUAAUCGUUUUCAAUACAAUAGAUUUGUUUAAUAUGAACAUUCGUCUCGCACGUUUUUUUAUGUACAUUAAGUCAGUAUUUUUCCUAAUUUACUUAUCGGUAUAACAUACGGGUAAUUUUAAUACAAUAAAGCAUGCAAAAGUUUGGAUCAAAUAGAACAGUGUGAUUUAUUGUUACGGUUGGAGUCGCACUUUCUAUGUGCUUGCAUCGGCGCAUCGUGAGAACGCUGUUAUGUGAUGCAUGUCCUGAAGGUCUAAUAGCGGUUUGUAUUUGGGAAGGGGGGGGGUGCAAGAUAAGAGAGUUGUAGCCGUUGUAGCCGUUUGUCUUGUCAUUGUGUACAAUCGUAACUUUUAACUGCUUAAUUUUGAAAGGAAUGAAUGCCGAGGAAUUCAAGUACAAAUGGGGUGGAGAAGACUGGGACCUACUGGACCGCGUCGUGAAUGCUCAGUUGGAAGUUGAACGGAUUAAGUACCCAGGCCUCUAUCAUCAUUAUCACAGCAAACAGGAAAUGUGGAGUUAA